AUGUCCCCGUCCUCGACGGGCGACUCUCCGCCCUCCGGCAUGGGCAACGCCUCCAUGAGACACUUCCCCGCGCAGAGUCGCGAAACAUUCACUAUUGAAAUGCCCAAUGCGACCCUGACCGCGGUCCCCAACGGCUCCCACUCCAUGAGGUCGCCAAACGACUUCAAGGUCCAGCGCACGCCCAGCAUCAGCACACCAAGCAUACAGGCGCCCUCGAUCGGCCGAGAGGGAAUCCUAGGAUCGACCAACAAGGGGCGCAACGGCUCACAGUCGAAUGAGAACCAGUCGAACGGCUUAGCAAAGCUGAUGCAGGACGAAUCUUCCAAUCCGCUCAAGCGAAGGAACACGGCGACUGACGUUGGCGUCGACUAUCCCCGGCGACGAGCCACGAUAGCUUGCGAAGUAUGUCGCUCUCGAAAAUCGAGAUGCGACGGCAACAAGCCCAAGUGCAAACUAUGCACAGAGCUGGGCGCAGAGUGUGUCUACCGCGAGCCUGGCAUCAAACUUGACGCUGGGGACAAGCUGAUCCUGGAGCGCCUAAAUCACAUCGAAAACCUUCUCCAGAUGAACAUGUCCGGCGGCCAGAUCAACGGUGUCAACCUCAACCACAACCAGGAAUCACCACCCAUGAGCAACGGAACAGGCGGCGAGAAUGGGCUCAUGUCUGGUUCGAACAACGGAUUCGUCUCGGUCAUACCAAACGGCGGCUUUGGCACGUGGACCACACAGCCAACGACGACAAACAUCAACACUAUGCCCAAGGUGCACACCAAUGCCGCGAUGCACCUCCUGCAAUGGCCACUUAUACGUGAUCUGGUCUCGCGCCCCUACGACCCGCAGAUACUGCUACAACUCGAGAUGGACAGGGAGCCGCUUCACUCGCUCACAAAGACACCUUGCGUCGACCUGUCCAACACGCAGGCCUACAUUGAGGCAUACUUUGAGCGCGUCAACGUGUGGUAUGCCUGCGUCAACCCAUACACCUGGCGCAGCCAGUACAUGACCGCCCUGUCCAACGGCUUCCGCGAGGGCCCGGAGAGCUGCAUCGUGCUCCUCGUCUUGGCGCUCGGGCAGGCCAGUCUGCGCGGCAGCAUUUCCAGAAUCAUGUCAAACGACGACCCGCCUGGUCUGCAGUACUUCACGGCCGCCUGGUCGCUGCUGCCAGGCAUGAUGACUACCAAUACCGUCUUGGCCACGCAGUGUCAUUUGCUGGCGGCCGCCUACCUGUUCUAUCUGGUGCGGCCGAUGGAGGCCUGGAACCUUCUGUGCAGCACCAGCACCAAAUUGCAGCUGCUCCUCAUGACCCCGAACCGGGUGCCACCCAAGGAAAAGGAACUUGUGGAGCGGAUCUACUGGAACGCACUCCUAUUUGAGAGCGAUCUACUUGCCGAGCUGGAUCUACCCCAUUCCGGGGUCGUGCAACUCGAAGACAACGUCGGCCUGCCCGGCGGCUUCGAGGUCGAGGAGGGCGAGGGCGUGGGCCGCGACGAGCUGUGGUACUUUCUGGCCGAGAUUGCCCUCCGACGACUGCUGAACCGGGUCAGCCAGCUCAUCUACUCCAAAGACUCCAUGGCCUCGACACAGAGCCUGGAGCCCGUCGUGGCUGAGCUCGACUACCAGCUUACGCAAUGGUACGAAAGUCUACCGCUACCAUUGCAGUUCCCCUUCACCCGAACCAUCCUACAGGACCCCGUGCAGACGGUGCUGAGACUACGGUUCUUCGCCUGCCGGACCAUCAUCUACCGGCCCUACAUCCUCGCCGUGCUGGACAAUGAGCAGGCGCUGCUGGACCCAGCGGUGCGAGAAAAUUGCCACAAGUGCCUCGAGGCCUCCAUCCGGCAACUCGAGCACAUCGGAGAGCAUCAUGCUGGUCAUAUGCCGUACAUCUGGCAAGGCGCACUGUCCAUGGUCUCGCAGACCCUUUUGGUGAUGGGGGCGUCCAUGUCACCCUCCCUGCUCAGCAUCCUCCUCACCCUCGUGCCGCAUCGAGAAGCCCUAGACCAGAUCAUCAACGAUGUCGUCAUGGAGGUUGAGCGCUACGCGUUCCUGGCGCCAAGCCUGGGUCUCGCGGCCGAGAUUAUCAAGGAGGCUGAGAUUAGGAGACGAACUUUUCUCGCUGGUUGA